AUGAACCAACUGAAGGUGGAGAACGCGGAGGCCGAGUCCCGGUCACCGGGGCUUCGUUCGUGCGAUUUGUGCCGCUCCCGAAAGAUCCGUUGCAGCAAAGGCUCCCCAUGUACAGGCUGCCAACAGUCAGGGGUAGCUUGUGAGCGAAAACUUCACCUACAACACAAAACUCACGCACAGAGAGUGUUAAUAUCUCCAGAGUAUAGAGACAAAAUCGAUCGAAUCGACGAGCGUUUGCAAAAGAUUACGCAGAUUUUGAUUGACAUGAAGAAGGAAGCCCAGACUCCAAUCAAACACGAGCAACCAAGCCCUGGGCCAAGACCGCAUCCGCUUUUGACACCCGAUGUAAAGACCAAAUGA